GGUGUCUUUUAGUUGAGCAGCCCAGUUAAAAGGAUUUUCCGUUUCUUUACUAUCCUCCUGCAUCGUAAGAGCGGUCUCAUCUCUCUCUCUCUCUCGAUGGCGAAUAGCAACUUACCUCGAAGGAUCAUCAAGGAAACUCAGCGUCUUCUCAGCGAGCCAGCACCUGGGAUUAGUGCAUCUCCUUCGGAAGAUAAUAUGAGAUAUUUUAAUGUCAUGAUCCUUGGUCCAACCCAAUCUCCUUAUGAAGGUGGUGUUUUCAAGUUGGAGUUAUUCUUGCCAGAAGAGUACCCAAUGGCUGCUCCAAAGGUUCGCUUCCUUACCAAGAUAUACCACCCAAAUAUUGACAAGCUUGGUCGGAUAUGUCUAGACAUCCUGAAAGACAAAUGGAGUCCAGCCCUCCAGAUACGAACAGUAUUGUUGAGUAUUCAGGCAUUGUUGAGUGCUCCUAAUCCUGAUGAUCCAUUGUCAGACAACAUUGCUAAGCAUUGGAAAACAAAUGAACCAGAAGCAGUAGAAACAGCCAAGGAGUGGACUCGCCUGUAUGCCACUGGAGCGUGAAGGUUCAUGUGGCAGACGGUGUUCUAAUAUGGCUGCUACGUUGUAUUUUCAUGUUCGAGGGGAAGUGUAGAAAAUAGAUGACAGAAGAUUGCUGCUGUUGGAACUGUCAAGGUUAACCCUCUCGAAAUGUUACUCAGCUUAAUUUGAUCCUCCCUUUCCUUAAUGGGGACAGGGGAUCUGUAUGUUCUGGUCAGGUGUUUGUAGUUUCUCCUUUUCCUGGUGAAUGAUGAUACUUAGCUUGCUUCUAUAUUUCAUUUUCUUUCAAUCAAA